GAAUUCGGGUGGGAGGGUGGGGAGAUCUUGAAGACCCUCUCUAAGCUCUAGGACUCUGGAGAGGGGAGGGUGGGUGACAGGAAUGGAAGCUGAGAGGAUAGUAGAGAGAAAUUGAGAGGAAAGUUGUUGGAAAGGUUUGGAUGAGAUGUCAGGAAGCUGGCUUUUCUGCCAAGGGAUCUAGGCUGCCUGGAUUCCCAGAGGUCCUGGGGAGGCAUCCUACCCUGCAUGUAGCCACAUUCAUCUGGGCCUGGGGCCAGAGCUUUAAUAGGGAAGGACCCAGGAGGCAUGGCUUGGUGGCGUCUGGAUGGGCUUCCCCAAGGCCUUGCUGAGCCAUGGAGAGAACUCUGGAGAUUGGGCUCACAACCCCUGCACUGCAUACCUCCUUUCUCACCUCCGACCAGGAACGGCAGAGACUGUAGAAACUUAAGGAGGAGGGGGCUUUCUCUUUGGAAGGUGGCCUGAAAGUUGAAUUGGAGUGUCCUUGUUUCUCCUAUUGUCCAGGGGAACAUAGAUGGCUGGACACUGAAUCUAGAGGCUUCAAAUAAUGUGGAGAUGUUUCGACCUUCAGGUUCCACUGGGCUGAUUCCCCCAUCCCACUUCCAAGCUCGGCCCCUUCCAACUGUGCCAAGAAUGGCUCCCACUUGGGUCUCAGACAUUCCCCCGCUCCAACCCCCAGCCCAUCAAGAUGUCUCAGAAAGGCGGCCAGACAACCAGAGACCUCAAGUGAUCAUGUGGGAACGAGGUGUUUCUGACAAUGGGCAGGAGCCAGGGCAGAGAGGCAGGCCCAUGGAGGGGUCGCAGGCCCUGAGCCAGCAGGCUGAGCUGAUCUCUCGGCAGCUGCAAGAGCUGCGGCGGCUUGAGGAGGAGGUCCGGGUCCUGCGGGAGACCUCGCUGCAGCAGAAGAUGAGGCUAGAGGCCCAGGCCAUGGAGCUGGAGGCUCUGGCACGGGCGGAGAAGGCCGGCCGAGCUGAGGCCGAGGGCCUGCGUGCUGCCUUGGCUGGGGCCGAGGUUGUCCGGAAGAACCUGGAAGAGGGGAACCAGCGGGAGCUGGAGGAGGUUCAGAGGCUGCACCAAGAACAGCUCUCCUCCUUGACGCAGGCUCACCAGGAGGCUCUGUCCAGUUUGACUAACAAAGCCGAGGGCUUGGAGAAGUCUCUGAAUAAUCUGGAAACCAAGAGGGCAGGAGAAGCCAAGGAGCUGGCUGUGGCCCAGAGGGAGGCUGAGCUGCUGCGGAAGCAGCUGAGCAAGACCCAAGAAGACCUGGAGGCUCAGGUGACCUUGGUUGAGAAUCUAAGGAGAUACGUGGGGGAACAAGUCCCUCCUGAGGUUCACAGCCAGACGUGGGAAUCAGAGAGACAGGAGCUUCUAGAAACUGUGCAGCACUUGCAGGAGGACCGGGAUGGCCUGCAGACCACGGCAGAGCUGCUGCAGGUGCGCGUGCAGAGCCUCAUGCACAUCCUCUCCAUGCAGGAGGAGGAGCUGGCCAGGAAGGUUCAACCUUCAGAUUCCCUGGAGCCCGAGUUCACCAGGAAGUGCCAGUCCCUGCUGCAGGGCUGGCGGGAGAAGGUGUUUGCCCUCAUGGUGCAGAUGAAGGCCCAAGAGCUGGAGCACAGAGGAUGCAGGGAGCAGCUGAAGGGACAGGUAGCAGAGCUCCAGGAAAGAGCUGCAGCCCAGAGCCAGGAGCAGGCCAUCCUGCAGCGCUCCCUGCAGGACAAAGCCGCAGAGGUGGAGGUGGAGCGGAUGGGUGCCAAGGCCCUGCAGAUGGAGCUGAGCCGUGCUCAGGAGGCCCAGCGCCGGCGGCAGCAGCAGGCAGCCUCGGCGGAGGAGCAGCUGAAGCUUGUGGCCAGUGCUGUCAGCAGCUUUCAGACCUGGCUCCAGAGCACCAUGGCCAAGGUGGAGCGGGCCGCAGCCCGGCUGCCCAGCCUCAGCAGCCGAGUCAGCUAUGCUGUCCGCAAGGUUCACACCAUUCGGGGCCUGAUGGCUCGAAAACUGGCCCUUGCUCAGCUGCGCCAGGAGAGCUGCCUCCCACCCCCACCGGCCACAGAUGUGAGCCUUGAGUUGGAGCAGCUGCGGGAAGAACGGAACCGCCUGGAUGCAGAACUGCAGCUGAGUGCCCACAUCCUGCAGCAGGAGGUGGGCCGGGCCCGGGAGCAAGGGGAGGCAGAGAGGCAGAAGCUGAACGAAGUCACCCAGCAGCUGGAGCGGGAGCUGCAGCGGACCCAGGAGUCCCUGGCCAGUGUGGGGCUGCAGCUGGAAGCGGCUCGUCAGGGCCAGCAGGAGAGCACGGCGGAGGCCGCCAGUCUCCGGCAGGAGCUGACCCAGCAGCAGGAGAUCUACGGGCAAGCUCUGCAAGAGAAAGUGGCCGAAGUGGAAACUCACCUGAGGGAGCAGCUCUCAGAAACAGAAAGGAGACUGAACGAGGCUCGGCGGGAGCAUGCCAAGGCCGUGGUCUCACUGCGUCAAAUCCAGCGCAAAGCCACCCGGGAAAAGGAGCGGAACCAGGAGCUCAGGCGCCUGCAGGACGAGGCUCGGAAGGAGGAGGGGCUGCGGCUGACCCAGCGCCUGCAGGAGCUGGAGAGGGACAAGAACCUCAUGCUGGCCACCUUGCGGCAGGAGGGUCUCCUCUCCCGUUACAAGCAGCAGCGACUGUUGGCAGUUCUUCCUUCCCUGCUGGAUAAGGGGAAGUCUGCGGAGUCCAGCCCCAGGCCCCCAGGGUCUUCAGCACCUGCCCCUCCAGCAGCGGCAGCCUCCACCAGGGAGUCCAUAAAAGGAUCCCUCUCUAUCCUGCUUGAUGACCUGCAGGGCCUGAGUGAGGCCAUUUCCAAAGAGGAAGCUGUUUCUCAAGGAGACAACCAGAACUCUCCUGCUCCAGUCUCCUGCUGAGUAGCUGGGCGGGUGCACUGAGCAGCUGGGAGCUCAAGGGGGACCGGGAGGCUCGUGGAGAAGUGGGGUGGUGGUGGGGGGCCAGCCCAGCCCUCUUCCCCAUCCAGCUGCCCUCGGGACACCAGGCACCAAGAUGUCUGUGAAUUCUGCUGUGGCUCAAUAAAGAUGACUACAGUAGGAGCCGU